UCUGUCGGUUUGCUCUGGAAGAGAAACAGAUCAUGGUCGGCAGAGGUCUCCUUCUCCACCUCUCCGAGAGGAAAUCCGGCCUUUUGAACCACAUGUCGGUCAUUAAAUCGCAUCUUGAGCUGGAGGUGAUUAGAGCCACUGAAUUAUAUUUCACCGAGGGCUCUGAUCGCUGCGGACCUGCCAAGCCGAACCGAGCCGAAGACACGGUUUAGGGAUAAAUCCUCCCAAACAUACUGGCAGGAAUCAUGUCAGUGUUCCUGCCAGCAAAUUCGGCCCACUCGGUGCUGAGGCGGCUGCGGAGGGCCAACUCCAUGUUGGAGGAGAUGAAGCUGGGCAACAUUGAGAGGGAAUGCUACGAGGAGAACUGCACCUACGAAGAGGCCCGGGAAGCGUUCGAGAACGACGAGAAGACGAAGCGAUUCUGGGAGGAACGAGUCCGGGAAACCAGUCCACCCGGUGGUUUGGGCUCUGUGGUCGGCGGGGUCCAGUCCCUCUACCUGGUCGUGCCGCUGCUGGUGGUCGGGCUCGUCGUCGUCGCCGUCGCCAUCACUGCGUGGCGCUGCCACUCCCGCAAGCGCUCGCAGCGCAGCCCGGGCCUGGGCCACCCGCAUCACAACCACAUCCUGUCGGUGGUCUCCAUGGACCAGUGGGGGAGGGACUACCCUCACGGCGACCAAUCAGAACUCAGCAUCCACAGCAGCCCGGCCUACCCAGGCUCCGAGAUCACGUCGGGGAGAGGAAGCGCGGGAGAUCCGCCGCCGUCGUACGACGAGGCCGUGGGCCACACGGAUGUCCAGAUAGAGACAGAACCGCCUCCUCAGUACGACGACAUCGUAAACACCAGCUCCGGAAGAAUCAGUCAAAGGAAGUAAAAAAAAAAAAA